UACAUUCUGCCGAAGCUGGUUGUUCGGCGGCGCAGCUUUGGUGGCACCUUUGCUACGCAAUUGUUCAUAUUAUUUUAUGGCUAUAUUUAAUCACAUUAACGUUCCGGUUUUGGGCAAGUGCGUACAUCGAAGUAGGGAAGCCGAAGCUAAUGAAUUAAGCGUACCUGUUAUGGAGGGUAUCAGUGCAAUAAAACCAAAGUUUCCGAAAUUAUUCCUUCGCCUUUUUACGAAUGCGCUGCUGGUGUCCGGCAUCCUAGGAAAUGCUAUCAGUAAGGUCAGGAGAGUGCGCGCAUCCCACUGCGACUGUCCUUCCGACAAAUCCCAGCCAAUCUGUGGCACUGACGGAGUUACAUAUGAUAACUUUUGCCAACUUCGUUGUGCAUCUUCCAAAAUGGUACCAGGCCUUGGUGGGCGAUGCCGGGGGAAAUGCCCAUGUGAAGCGCCUUCUCCGCUGAGCAAUUUGAUAUGCGAAGUUCGAAAUAACUGCCCUCCACAAAUCCCCAAAGGUCAACUUUGUGGAACUGAUAACAAGACAUACGAAGAUGCCUGCGUUUUCCUGUGUGCGCAACAUUCCGAUAAAGGUUUAGGAGUACAGUGUGGAGGAGCGUGUCCUUGCCCAAAGCCGGAAAGCCCUUGCAGCAAAUGUCCAGACGAAUACCGACCACUUUGCGGGAAUAAUAACAUCACUUACGGAAAUCAGUGCAUGUUCUCUUGUGCUCGAAUGGCAAGUUCAGCUUUGUACCCUUCUUGCCGGUCAGAAUGUCCGUGUGUACCACCGACGAAGUCGUUCGAAGAUCAUCUGAAGGCAGUCUUUCUUAUUCCUGUCUGAUGAUGGGCAGGCUGAAAUUCUAAUUAAACAGUAUUAUCAAGUCUCAUAGUGUGAUAAAUAUUAAAUAACUGCAAUUUAGUGCUGUUCCUAAUGAAAUCCCGUCAUUUUCUUUCAUUUUGAACAAAUACAAAUGUGAACGGCUUGUGGUGAUCUGAUACUAAUUGAACCAAGAAAAAGUUUCGAUUGUCUGUUCAAUGGCCAUAAUUUUUUAUCGUCAUUGCUCCUAAUUUAUGGAAAACAAACGCUCGUUACAAAAUC